CCUACGUAGACUUUACGGUGAGCGUUUGCCAAUUCAGUCCUAAAACUCGAAACAAAUCUACAAUUCGAAUUGUCUCUACUUUUGAAUACGUACGUAUAUUCUCAAAUUUCAGAGUAUUCAAUGGCGAUACUGUAUGCGGUUGUAGCGAGAGGCACAACAGUGUUGGCGGAGUUCGGUGCGGUUACGGGGAACACAGGUGCGGUGGCGCGGCGAAUAUUGGAGAAGAUUCCAAGUGAAACGGAAUCUCGGCUUUGUUUCUCACAAGAUCGAUAUAUUUUCCAUAUACUCCGAUCAGAUGGACUCUCCUUCCUUUGUAUGGCCAACGAUACCUUUGGAAGGAGGAUUCCAUUCUCAUACUUAGAGGAUAUUCAGAUGAGGUUCAUGAAGAACUACGGCAAGGUGGCUCCUUAUGCUCCUGCCUAUGCCAUGAAUGAUGAAUUCUCAAGGGUCUUACAUCAGCAAAUGGAGUUCUUUUCAAGUAAUCCCAGUGCAGAUACACUAAAUCGUGUCAGAGGAGAAGUUGGUGAGAUACGCACCAUCAUGGUUGAUAAUAUUGAGAAAAUACUUGAAAGAGGGGAUCGGAUUGAGCUACUCGUUGACAAAACAGGAACAAUGCAAGACAGUGCAUUUCACUUCAGGAAACAGUCGAAACGCCUUAGGAGAGCUCUUUGGAUGAAAAACGCGAAGCUCCUGGGUUUGUUAACAUGCCUGAUUGUGCUCUUCCUUUACUUGAUAAUUGCUGCUUGUUGUGGAGGCAUCACCCUACCUUCCUGCAGAUCAUGAAUUCUCUGGUAAGGAACGCCAUAGAUGCUUCAGUGUGGUUCAUAUUUCCAAAUGCAUCCAGUGGAUUGUCAUUCUGACACCUUUAGAAGUAGUUGCGCGGAAAAGAAUGAUAAGGUUUGUAUUGUUGUUGACAAGGGCUUUUGCCUCUUCCAUUUUGUAAAUGUUCUGGUGGACUCCUAAAUUGCUUAAAGCAUGUAUUAGGUCUUCCAUGUUAUGUCUUUGUAGAUAUUUGGUAAGUUCAAUACUUACAUGAGUGCCUGUUUGUAAAUAUAAUGUUGUGUUGUGACUUCACCUUUAGCAAAUAUUUACCAUGUCGCUUCACUUUUUUCAAA